AUAGACUGUUGCUCAACAUAUUCAAGUUGUGCAUGCUCAUUCUACCAUGACUUUAAAACUAACCCCAUGAGGGCCAGUUUAAGUAAAACUCCAACCACUAUACUUUUUGACAAAGAUCAAAAGUUCCAUUCCUUUGGGUAUGAAGCAGAGAAGCACUACUUCCAGUUAACUGUGGACGACAACCAUACUGACUGGUACUACUUUCGUCGGUUCAAGAUGAUAUUGUUUGACAUAGAGGGUAAAGGAGGCCAGGCAUCAAAGGUAAUGCUUAAAGAUAUCCGAGAUCGAGAAGUCCCUGCUGUGAAAGUGUUCUCAGAAGCCAUUAGGUAUCUGAAGGGACAUACACUGAACGAGCUGGAGAAAAGAUGCACAGGAGUUACGGAUGCUGACAUUGAAUGGGUACUCACUGUACCUGCAACCUCUAACGAAUCUGUAAAACAGUUCAUGCGCUUGGCUGCUAAAACG